AGGGCAACGAGAGCAAGGUCUGGUUGCUAUCAUCAUACCUUACGAGUAUGAUACCGGUAUAUACCCUACUGUACGGUACUCUAGCAGCUACGUAGACAGGGAUAGGUGCAGGUUUAAGCUGGGAUGAUCUUUCGUGACGCAAAAGCUCUACCGUACUUUCCCCCAGCUGGCAUCAUCCUCUCUACCGCAGUAGGAUGCCCCCUAUGUUGACUGGCCUGGGCAAAUAUCGACAUCGGCGUAAACUUGAAUUGUUAUUUCCUCUCCGCCCCUCCCUCUUCCUUCUCCUUCGACACCUACUACACCACCUGCACCACUUUGGCGGUCAGCCUAUACAGAGAACACUGAAGGUAUGAUAUUUUGCGUCCCUACAUUCUCAAAGGAAAACAACGACGACAAUUGUUUGACAUCCGUCUGCCAGUGGGCAUCGUUUGUUUUCCUGGAAUUCUCCGCGCCCACUCUGGCGCGUGAUUGUUGUUUGCUAGGAAUAUGCCUCUUCGGGGUCAUCCACACACACCUAACUCACCCCCCUCCCCCUCCCUCAUUCCCUUCAUACCAUUCCUAUCAUACCCACUACACACACACACCCUUGUCCAGUCUCCGGCCUCACAUUGUACAAUUCCUUCUGUGGGUUGCCGUAUUUGCUCCGAGGUGAAUAGCUCUUGUUCGUUCAAUUAAUCUUUUCGUUCAUUUUCUCCCAAUCCCCCCCCCCCCCCCCCCCAGGCUUUUUUCUGCCCGUCGCCGGAAUCCCAAAGUAAUUGACAGUCAAAUUAGCUCACCUACGUCUCCCCUCCUGCGUCCGGGCUAGGCUGCUGUACAUACAUACAUACCCGCAUUGUCGCACCCGGUGCUUGCCCACAAUUUCAUAAGAGGCCUCUGACCCUCCUGCUCUUCGUGCGGCCACUUGGAAGGCAAUUACUCGCCCGAAUUAAUUUCAAGGACUGACCCGAAAGAGGGAAGGGAAACCACUCGGCAUCACUCUACUUCAUCAUGGCGUCUCGGUCGAAUUUGAUAAUGGUCAGCAACCGGCUUCCCAUUUCGCUCAAGAAGAAGGACAACGGCGAAUACUCCUACAACAUGUCUUCCGGAGGGCUCGUCAGUGGGCUUUCGGGUAUGACCAAGAAUGCCACCUUCUCGUGGUUUGGAUGGCCGGGAAUGGAGGUUCCCGAAGAGGAUGCAGAGAAAGUUACCAGGGAGCUAGCUGAGAAGUAUCAAGCUGUUCCUAUAUGGCUUCCGGAUGAGAUGGCUGAUAAGCAUUGUAAGGAACAUGGGCCCCAAUGCCGUGAGAGCUAGCUAACUUGGUUUGUUACCGAAUUGAGACAAUGGCUUUUCUAGUGAGUGAUAGCAUCAUUGUAGGGUUAACCAUGAUCCGGGGUCCUAACCCGAAUCGCUCUCUCACAGACUCAAUUUUGUGGCCCUUGUUCCAUUACCACCCUGGCGAGAUCAGCUUCGACGAAGGCGCAUGGAUAGCGUACCGAGAUGCGAAUCAGCUGUUCGCCGAGGGUAUCGCAAAGGUAGUGAAGGACGGCGAUCUGGUCUGGGUACACGACUACCAUCUCAUGCUCCUCCCUGCCAUGCUUAGGGAGGCUGUGGGCGAUAGAGUCAGGAAUUUGAAGAUUGGCUUCUUCCUGCAUACUCCUUUCCCCAGCAGUGAAAUCUACCGGAUAUUGCCAGUGAGAGAGGAGAUUCUGCGGAAUGUCCUGGAGGCAGAUCUAUUGGGCUUCCAUACUUUUGACUACGCACGACACUUUUUGUCGUCGUGCACUCGUAUAUUGUUCGUCGGUGCAAUUCCUUCAAUGCAUUGUUGGGACCUUACUGACGGGCCUAUAGAGGCCUGACCACCACACCGGCUGGCGUAGAGUUUGAGGGUAAACUGAGGAGGGUUGGGGCAUUCCCGAUUGGAAUUGAUCCCGAGAAGUUUGAGGAGGGCCUGCAGAAGCAAUCAGUCCAAGAUAGGAUCGCACAGCUUGAGAAGAAAUUCCAGGGUGUCAAGCUGAUCGUCGGAGUUGAUCGUUUGGACUACAUCAAAGGUGUCCCCCAGAAGUUUCACGCGUUGGAGGUCUUUUUGGACGAGCAUCCUGAAUGGAUUGGAAAGGUUGUCUUGGUCCAGGUCGCGGUACCCAGUCGGGGUGACGUUGAAGAGUACCAAAAUCUCCGUGCGGUAGUCAAUGAGCUUGUGGGGCGUAUAAAUGGGCGCUUUGGUAGGCUAAGUCAUAUCAAGCGAUUCGGGGAGAUCUCCGAUGCUGACAACAAACUCAGGUUCGAUAGAAUUCAUGCCCAUACACUUUAUGCACAAGAGCAUCAACUUCGAAGAAUUGAUAUCGCUUUAUGCAGUUUCUGAUGUAUGCCUUGUUAGUUCUACUCGGGAUGGUAUGAACUUGGUUUCCUACGAGUACAUCGCGACUCAGCAGAAGAGACACGGAGUGAUGAUCCUGUCGGAAUUCACUGGCGCUGCCCAGAGCUUGAGUGGAAGUAUAGUGGUGAACCCAUGGAAUACGGAGGAAUUAGCGAAUGCCAUCCAUGAGGCCAUAACCAUGCCGCCUAGCCGACGCGAAGCAAACCAUAAAAAGCUCUAUGAAUAUGUGACGAAGUAUACUAGGUGGGUGGUUCCGGGUUCGUGUGCACGCUGUACUUGAUGUUGAUUCGGCGGCAUAGUUCCUUCUGGGGCCAGACGUUUGUUGGGGAACUCACAUCUCUUUCUGAGAAGGCCAAUGCCGAACAGGCAGAAUAAAGUCCCUUCAAGGGUUCUCCCAUAGGUAAUAUGGUUCCGAUCGUUGGGUGGUGCUACCGAUGGGAGUUUUUUUUUUUUUCGUCUCGCAGUCUGCUCCCGUCGGGACCGGCGCUCGGGUGGUAAAGUUUGUGGCUUUUGCCUACAACGCACAAAAACAUGUUUGAGGUGCUCGUUCAUCUUUGGCUCUCAUCAUGCUGGGGGAUCUGAUGUAUUUUUUUCUCCUAAUUUCGUCUUGUCAUCCAUGAUCUUUUUUUUUUUCGGGAAAAAAUCCUUUUGGAAAUUAGAUGUCGCGGUCUGGAUGUCAUAAAGACCGAAUACCGGUACUGUGUUAGAGCUGAAGCAAAGUAACAACGUGGAAUAUCCGU